AAUGGCGGUCUGUAUUGCACCGGCAGUAACUCGACCGGUCAGCUUGGCCUAGGAACAAAUCUGACGGAACUCUACACGCCGAAGCUUCUUCCACGUGGCGCUCUUCGAAGCGAGAAGAUCUCGCGAGUCUCUUGCGGAGAAAGUCACACCGCCGUCGUCACUGAGUCCGGUAAACUUUACACGUGCGGCGACGGAAGGCACGGGAAAUUAGGGCUGGAGGAGAACGAGAACAACGUCCACGAACUGACAUUCGUUCAGAGAUACAAGGAGCUCUUCGUUUCCAAUGUAAUUACGUUCACACCUGUUGUCAUUAUUGGUGUAAUAACUUUAUACAAAUUACGGAUAAUCCUUUUCUUCAACUUUCCAAAGGUCGCGUGCGGUGGCUGUCACACGAUCUUGGUCGGCCAAAGACGCGAAACGAAUAAUCGUUCGCAGAGGGAGGACAACUCGCAAGUGGAGCACAUUCAGAAAAGAAAUCCGCUGCCGCCGUUAAAAUUAAACAGGCGGCAAAGCGAGACUCUCGAUGAACACGUUGGUGAGACAACGAAAAGGAAAAACAGCACCGAAUCUGUGACAAAUGGAACUGUGGAAGCGUCUUUGGAGAAAAUCGAAGAGACUGACAAAGGCAACGUCGGCAGUGACGUUACCGAUCCCACGAAUGACGUCGAGAAGUCCGACAGUCCGGAGAAACGUACGAGCGAGCAACCAGAGGAAAAGUCGUCGAACGAAGAAGAAAACGCGGGAACGACACUGGCUAAUACGAGAGAGUCCGAAGAAUCGGAGAGACAAGAUGAAAAUUCGGAACUGAGGACAGAAGAGGAAGCGCCGCCGACAAAGACAGAUGCCGAGAACAACGUUCAGGAGGAAGAGAAGUCCGAAUCGAUGAACGACGAGAAGGAUAACAAAGAAAACGAGAGCAACGAGACCAGCGUGAAAGCAAGGGAAAAUUCGGCGGAGAACAACGAAGAGAUGAACAAGGAUAACGACGAUAGCCUGGAGAAUAAAGAUGAAACGGACAGCAACAAAGAUGCGAAAGAGUCGAUGCAGGAAUCGGACAAUGGCGACGAUGCUAAGCGAGAGACGAGCCCGAAAGAAGAAACGUCACCUUCGGAUUCUACGCCGCCGCCAAAGCCGCCGAGACUGAAGUCCGGAAGUGGAAAUUCCUCCGCCGAGAGGGCGUCGUCGAUGGAGAAAGAAGACGACGAAGAAGGAAACGAGAACGAAGGGAAGACGGAAGAUAUCCCGGUGAAGAAGUCAGACGCAACUGAAGAGGACGAGCUUUCGGGAGGGAAAGAGGAGUCAGGGUCGACGAAACCCGCGACGAGAAGCGGAAGUACUAAAUCGGCGAGGUCGGCAGUGGCUGCGGAGGAGACGAUAGAAAUCGACAAUCAAAACGACAAAGACAGAGUUGUCGAAGAGGAAAAGGUGAACAGUGACAAUGCGCAGGAUGAUGCUGACGUCGUGCAGUCACCACCACCAAAAACUGGUAAGCAAGGCAAUUGAAAAACGUGAAAUAUGUGAAUAUUAACCUUUUGCACUCGGCUGUACUUUCUGAGGGCGACUUAAAUCUAGCCAAUUCCUUUUUUUAAUUUGCUGAUUUAAUUAUAACGAAUGUAUACAUUUGGUGUCGUACGAUGCGAUAUAUAGUAAUACUAGUAAUAGAUAAUAAUAUAAUAUGCAAAAAUAAUAUACUAUAAUAUAUACUAUAAUAUAAUAUAUACUAUAUAGUAUAUAGUAUAUUAUAUUAUAUAUUAUAAUAUACUAAUAUACUAUAUUAUAAUAUAAUAUAUUAUAGUAUACUAAUAUAGCAUAUUAUAGUAUAAUUAUAGUAUAUUAGUACAUUAUAAUAGUAUACUAAUAUACUAUUAUAAUUAUAGUAUAUUAUAAUAGUAUACUAAUAUACUAUUAUAAUUACAGUAUAUUAGUAUACUAUAAUAUAUAUUAUAGUAUACUGUAUAGUAUAUAGUAUAUUAUAGAAUAUUAUAAUCUACUAUAAUAUACCAUAUAUUAUAUAUUAUACUAUAUAAUAUACUAUAAUAUAAUAUACUAUAAAAAGAUAAUAUACCAUCUAUCUAAUACAAAGAUAAUAUAGAUCUUAAAAAAAAGAUCUAUAAUAAUACAUAGACAAUAGUGUAAAAAUAAGUAGUAUAAUAUCUGAUAAGAGACGCCUAGAGUGAAAGCUAUAAACAACCACGUGAGAAGAACAAGAGAAUUUCAGAAAGAAGAAAUUUCUGAUGUGACAAUUGAUCUCUCUGACUCAAUAAUUCACAUAAUUCGGAAUAAUUCAAAAUAGACUAGACUUCUUAUUGCUUCCUACGAAAGUUUAAAAAAAUGGCCAAUGAUGUUAUUCUUUUAGACAAUAUUAUACUUGUUCUAGCAAUGCACGUUGAUGACUGCUUUAAAUUCAAACGAUAUCAAAGAAAGAUAUAAUUAGCAAAAUUUCGUGUUAAAUACCAUUUGCUGUGCCAUUCUAUUCGAAGCGAUACUUCGUAAAUAAAUUGCUGGUAGAUGAUACAGGAGAACGUUUGUCGAGAGCAAAGGGUUAAACUAUGUUUACAGUUUAUGUAAUUAAAUCUAGAGAUUUCCAAUGCUACGAGACUACAAAACUUCUGGCGUUGCGUUAACAUUAAAUCUAUUUAUAUUUCAUUUUGAAGGUAGAAUAUCGAAGAUAUUUAGAAGUAAAAAGCCACAGGCAAUGGAGAAUGGCACCAAGACGUCCGGCAUUGUGAAUCAAAAAUCUAAAGUAAGUUUCAGUAAAUUUCAUUUUUCAAUAGUACACGUAUCUUCCGCGUCCGUGUCGUAGACCCUAAUCUAUCGAUUCUUUUCAUUUUCCAGUCGAAAACCUGCACAAUCCUA